CGUUUUUUGACGUAAAAUGUCAUUUAUUCACCCGGCGUAGAGGCUGCAAGCACGUUUACGCGUAUUAUCAACAAAAAAACAUGCGGUGAUUCUUUUCAAACUAUACGUAGAUAUCUCUAGUGUUUCUGUACAGCAUAAAGAGUCGUUUGCGACUUUGGAAAAUAUUCUGUUUUUCGUUAUAACCUUCAUUACAUAAUGAAUAGCGCUGGCAAUAGGAAAGGCCUGUUGUUGGGUAUCGGCAACCCCCUGCUGGACAUAUCGGCCAUAGUGGAUGAAGACUUGCUCAAGAAGUAUGACAUGAAGCCUGAUGAUGCUAUUAUGGCAGAGGAGAAACAUAUGCCCUUGUAUAAGGAGCUUAUGGAUAAAUACAACGCGGAGUUCAUAGCCGGUGGCAGCGUCCAGAACUCACUGAGGGUUGCUCAAUGGAUCCUGAAGGAACCCAACAUGUGCACGUACUUCGGAUGCGUGGGGAACGACGAUUAUGCCAAAAUCCUUAAGGAGAGGGCAGUUGCGGAGGGGGUGACAGUGCAGUACCAGGUGACGGAUGAGGUGCCGACGGGCACGUGCGCGGUGCUGGUGACGGGCACGCACCGCUCGCUGUGCGCCAACCUCGCCGCCGCGCAGAAGUUCACGCCGGACCACCUGGCUAAGGACGAGUGCAAGGAAAGCAUCGAAGCUGCCAAGUUCUUUUACGCUUCUGGUUUCUUCGUGGCGGUGUCUCCUGAAUCCAUCCUCCAGUUGGCGUCGCACGCGCAUGCAAAAGGCCACACGUUCAUAAUGAACCUGAGCGCGCCUUUCGUAUCACAGUUCUAUAAGGAACCGCUUGAGAAACUGCUUCCGUAUGUCGACGUACUUUUCGGUAACGAAUCGGAAGCCGAAGCGUUCGCGAAAGCGUUCAACCUCAAGUCAACAGACCUACAAGACGUCGCGCUUGAAAUCGCCGCCCUGCCCAAACUGAACUCCUCAAGGCCACGCGUUGUGGUCAUCACACAAGGCCGGGAGCCCGUGAUCCUGGUGGAGGAAGGUAAAGUUACCCUGGUGCCCGUCAUGAAGCUCGAGCGAGAACAAAUUGUCGACACCAACGGGGCGGGAGAUGCCUUCACAGGCGGCUUCCUUAGCCAACUCGUCUUAGAAAAACCAUUCAAAACAUGCGUCAAAUGCGGCAUAUAUACUGCGUCCCACAUCAUACAACACUCGGGAUGUACUUUCAGCGGUGAAAGCCAAUUUAUAGAUAGUUAAUCAUGCAACUCAAAUAUUAUCGUCUCGAAUAUAGUGUUUAGAUCAGGGUCGGAUCCAGUAAAUAUGGGUGUCAAAUGAAAUGCUUAAGCAAUUUUAAUCCAUUCUCAAUUUGAAUCUGAAUGCUUAUUUUAUGAAUAAACAGCAAAGAGUUUGAAGGACAAUAAUUUCAAAGCGACAAAUAUUAGAUUAGAUUAUUUUAGCACGCAAUCAAUGAAUUUGAAGUGACUAUACAAUAAACUGCAAUUCAUAGUGGAUUGUAGCAAUAGUACACAGAAAUAGCGUUCAAUAUUAUAGAGAUAAAUGUAGUUGCAAUUGUAAAGAAAGGGGUCUAUGAAAGUUAUUAUUUUUUGUAAUAGGAAAAUAUUAGGUUUUUUUUUGCUAAUUUAGCAAUAUGCCUAGUAGUAAGCAAAUAGUUUAAUUACUUUUAAUAGCGUAAUUAACAGGAGUCAGCGAACAUUCAUGUGGGUAGACGAUAUGGCAAGCAAAAUCUAUGUUGCCUUGAAAAUAUUUUAAUAUUGAGUAUAUUUGUAAGCUUUGCGAAAUUCCCGGGGCUCCCUAAACACUUGCAAUACCUUAUUUUUAUUAGACAACAACUAAAAGUUAUUAAAUAAUCUAUAACAUGCCUUUGACCGGUGCAAAGUGAGGUAGCUAUAAAAUAUUUAUUGUCAAUUAAUUACAACAGAAUUCAGAACCAAUGUAUGAAUGAAGUUUAAUAUCAAAUAAUACAAUAGUAAUGUGCAAUAAUAGAGUAAUUAGUUAAUUAUUGGUGUGUUUAUUAUAGGGUGAAAGUUUCUAAAGAAAUAUUAUCGCACAAGUGCUAGAUUAUAAUUUUUACUUCAAUAAAUAAUUAAGGAUCAAAUAAUAAAUGUUGUGAAGUUUGACAUUGUUUAUGCUUAGUAAAAUGUUAUUUUUAUUAAGCUUGUAUGCUGUAAUCUGAUGCAGCUGUAUUAGUAUAAUUUUCUUAGUGCAGUGCAAUUAUAGAAUUGUUGGGACACAUGUUAUAUAAAUGCUAGAUGGAAGCUUCAUUGUUACGUUUGCACCCCUUGUCUACAAUGCAUAUUAUUACCAAUAUUUACGCGAUUGUGGUGCGCACUAGCCCUUUGUAAGUUUUAUACCAUAUCAAAAUCUUUUUUUCUUUUUGUUUUUGUAAUAUCGUUAUUCUGCAAUUAGAGAUGCUCUAAUCUCAUUUACGACAAUUAGUAUUCUAUCGCAUUGUAAUAUAUUAACUAACAUUGACCCCCCUUAAAUUUGCUAGAAUCCAUUCCUGUUUCAUAGCAAAAUAAAUAAGACCUACAUUCCCCAUAAAUACAUAAGUAUUAUAAAUAGAUCUGAUGACUGAAGAUGUAUUCUAAUAAGUAGGGUGGUGAGAAACAAAGUUUAGGGUUCAAUAAUACAUGUUGAGGAAACAAUUUAUAAUAAUAUUAUGUGUAUGAUGUAAAGUAAAAAAACAGACAAAUAUGACAUAACAUUUAUUAGAAAAUUCAACAAACAUAAAAUAAAAGAACAUAAUUUUGGCACUAUAAUAUGUAAGGUUUGUUUUGUCUACAUAUGAGCGAAGAUUAGCUGGUAUGUAGAUUGGGAGAUGAUCUAUAAAUGCAAACGGCUUUUGUAAAAGCCUUACCAGAGAAUGAGGAUGGCUGUGAUAGUCAUGUUGCAUAUUGAAUGUGUGCUCUUGGUGUGAGAAUUACUACAAUGUAUGGAAGAUGCAACACAUGGCAUGUGGUAGCUCAAUGUGCAACAUUAAUCCCAUAUCCAGCUACACACUGACAAACCCUUAGAAGUCUCGGCAUACUCUCCACACCUCCAUGCUGGCUUUCUUUGUGCCGUUGAAUUUCAAAAAAAUAAAUCUAAUUUGUGCAUAGACUACAUACAUGCACACACAAUUAUUUAAAUGUCUACAUAACAUUAGCUUUAUAAGCUUUGUCAUAAUGAAACAAAAUAUUUAAAGGAACAUAAAGAUAUGACUUAACAAAAAAACUUUUUAACAUCAACUUAAUAGAAAAAUAAUAUAGAUUCUUAUAAUAAAUAAUAAUGUAUGAUGAGCUCCUAAAAAUAAUUCUGUUAAAAAAAUCAAAAAUUGUUUGUUAUUUAACAAAUUACUGAUUAGUAUUGUUACAAUAUUUUGUGUUCUGUGUACAUAAAAAAAAAUUCAAUAGCUAAUUUUGUUAACAAAAAAGUGAAUACCCUGUAUAUAAAAACUCAAAAUGAACAUUUAAACUUAUCAAUUAACUCAAUAUAACAUAUGAAAAUAGGUAUAAAUGCUUAGCACUUAAAGUUAAUGAAAUGGCUCCUAUAUAAAUAAGUUUCCAUUGUACUAUUAAUGUUUAUAAUAAUAUAACAAACAGCCUUAGAACACAUAUCUAACCAUCUAUAUAUUUUUAUAUAGUUAACAUCCAGUGUAAACUACUGCAAAAUGUACAAUGUGAACAUCCCAGUCUGGUACAUUGUUUUUCUCAUCACCAAGUAGAGGCAUGCAUCGGUACACCUCGUAAAUAUCAAACUCAUUCAUAAUUUUAAGUAUUUUACUCAUAUUCCUUGUGAUAGGGCCAGUGUAUGCAGUGUUGGUUUCCACCAACAUACUUGUCUGUUUAUCAUCCACGCAUUGUUUGGUUUUGCGAAUAACACAUUUGUAUUUUUCAGGUCUUGACACUCUAAAAAUUUGUAAUGUACAUAGUUAUAAAGUGUACUUAUGAUUGUAACAAUUGUGAAAUAAAUUGUGUUUGUAAAUCUUU